AUGAAUACACUACCUGGCAGCAGCUCUGUGAAUGGCCCGCUAAUUCUCUUCAUUCAUGGAUGGCCGGGAACUGCCAUUACUUGGAAGACGCAGCUGGAUGCCUUCGCCUCUGUGGGAUUUCGUGCGAUCGCUCCUGAUAUGCCCAGGUACGGAAAGUCGACUGCCCGUCGGAUCUUUGAUGACUACCCCCAAGAGGCCAUUGUCGAGGCUAAGAUAGCUCUUCUAGCUGAUACGCGCCACGACGCAGCCAUAUGGGUUGGUCAUGACUGGGGCGCGGGUAAUACCCUCAAUGUGGGAAGGCCCUGGUCAAGCUCUGUGUACCAUUCCGCACUAUUGAGCAUGGCUGGCAAGGACUCUUGCCUCUGGUGGCGCGGGAGAUCUACCCCCCGAGGAGUCGCUUUGGGGCAGUGGGAAUACAUGAGAAAAUAUGAAAAGGGCUUUGAACAGACAGUCGAAUGGAUCGGAAAGGACAUUGAGGGAUUUCGCAAGGCCGGGUUGCAACCAACAACGCCCCCUCGACCCGUCAGUAUACCCAAAUGUGGAUGA